UUAGGCCCGGUUGUACCAACGAAGUUCACCGACAGAUCAACUGUGAACGACGAUCAAAGCAAAACAUGCGUUGUACCAAGCCUGAACGCCGUUCAAAUUGCCCGGUCAACUGAACGGUGACAUUAGGCGGUUCAAGCUGGUUCAAGCGUCGUUCAGGGGUAGACAUAACCUUAUUAUUUGACAUAUUCCGCUUUUCGUUGUUUUGAUUAUCGUUUUGUUAUUGUUCUUAAGAUUUUUCGUAAUGGAUCCUUUAUUAGGUGAAUUAACUGACGACGAAGACUUUUUAGAAUUAGUGAGACAACAUGAGCGGCUAAGGAGACCACAAACAGUACGAUUUCGACCAAACAAUUUCGAAAAAUGGAAUGACUUGAAUUUUAAAAAAAGAUUUCGACUUGCUAAACCUAUUGUGAAUUAUUUAAUAGAGGAAAUUUCCGGUUUAAUUGCAUCUAAAACAAACAAGUAAGUUUAAUUAUGUAUAUUUACUGUAUCUUAUUUAAGCUUUUAUUUUUAGAAAUGAUGCUUUAACACCAGCUGACAUGGUAUUUAUCACAUUACGGUUCUUAGCAACAGGAUGUUUUCUACAAAGUGUUGGUGAUAUCAGUGGUGUAGACAAGUCUACUACGAGCCGCGUGAUUACAAAAGUAACUAGAGCUAUAGCAUCUUUAAGCAAGGACUUUAUUAAAAUGCCAAUGGGAGUGGAAGAUUCAAAGGCACAAGGAUUUUAUAAUAUUUGUCGCUUUCCAAGAUGCAUAGGAGCAGUUGAUUGUACGCAUGUGAAGAUACAAUCUCCUGGAGGGGCAAAUGCAGAGAAUUACCGCUAUAGGAAAGGAUUUUUUUCAUUUAAUGUCCAAGCAAUUUGUGACAGCGAUUUGAAAAUAUCUAACAUUGUGUGUAGAUGGCCUGGUUCUACACAUGAUUCAAUGAUUUUUAGAAAUUCUAGAGUAAAGGCUGAGUUUGAAAAUGGAGUUUAUGGAAAUAAUUUAUUACUAGGAGACAGUGGGUAUGGAGUAAAACCAUACCUAAUAACCCCUUUGGCGAAUCCAACAACGAGGGCUGAAAACUUAUUUAACGAAGCUCAGAUAAGAACAAGAAACCCAAUAGAAAGGUGUUUUGGUGUACUAAAAAGAAGAUUUCCUAUAUUAGCGACAGGAAUCCGUUUAAAUGUUGAUAAAGUAGAAGCAAUAGUGGUUUCCGCUGCUGUUCUUCAUAACAUAGCGUGUCAUUUUGCAGAUCCAACACCAUUAGUAACUGAUGAAAUUGAAGCGGAAAUAAACAUUGGAAAUAAUAUAGGAGAACAUGUUCCAAAUGACUUGGGUGGUAUAAAUAAUAGUGUUAGAUAUAGUUUAAUUAAUGGAUAUUUUGAAUCACUCUAAAUAUGUUAUUUUACGAUAUAGAAUAUAUUGCUGAGUAUUAAUUAUUUACAUCUAGAACUAAUUAUUUACGUCUAGAAAAUGUUUCAAUAUUAUUUUACUAAAACAUUCUUAAAAUGUCUUAAUGUUUUAAAGUCAAAAUAACUUGUUAAUUAAUUAAAUUGUGAUUAUAAUUACCGUAAAAUAAAUUACCAUUACAUACUCUUGUAUAUAUUUUGAUUUAUGUAUAUAAUAUUAAUAUUUUUUAUUGUAUGUAUAGGAUUAUUUUUAUAUUUUUGAUAAUUCUGA